AUUAGGAACUGAAGGACUACAACAGCCAUGUUUUUGACAGAAGCUGGAUGUGUGUUUAUCUUUUUCAUCCUGUACAUCUCAGGAGUUCAUGGACGAGCAAACAGCAUCUGUGCUUUAAAAGGUUCAUCAGUGGAUCUGCCCUGCUCAGCUCAACGUCCCACUACAACCAUGAAGUGGUACACUGUACACUGGGUUAGAUCUAAACCUGUUCAGAAGGAACUCUCUACAGAUGAAAAUCGUGUGACGUACAACAUGUCUGCAGAGAGUAACUUCACUCUAACAAUCAAAGAUCUGAGAGAGAGCGAUGCAAAUGAUUACUGCUGCAGAGAGACUACUGACGACCCAGAACUCUGCUGGACCAAAAAAACUGAGCUCCAGGUUUCAGACCUGCAGGUAAAGGUGAUUCCUUCCACAGAGGGACAGACGGUGACACUGAUGUGUAGCACCAGCUGUCCUCUGACUGAAAACCCUGCAGUCUACAUCUGGUACAAGAACAGAGAGUUCCUCUAUCAGGACUGGUCUCCCUGGUACCAACAGCUGGUCAGCAGUGAGGAAGCAGUCACAUACUCCUGUGCUAUCAAAGGCUACGAGGAUCUCAGAGCCCCUCAAGUCUCAGUGGAUUCUGUCACGUUUCCCUGCACCUUCAGUGUGAACUACGCCAGAGAGAAAAUGUGUUCUCAUCAGAACACAUCAGUGGAUGAGCAGUGGUCCAUCUUAUAUCCCAGAGGUUAA